AUAAUCCUAUAUGCAAUCAGUGUAGUAGCAAUAACGUCGCGAAUCGCACACACAUUUUCGCUGCAUUUAUCGAAUAUUAUAUUCACUGAAUAAUCCACUCAAUCACUUACAAAUUAAAAACUAUAAUCGCGAAUUGUGAUCGGUGAUAAUGUGGUUCAUAUGGCUUCUACUGAUUUUAAUAUUCAUAAAAGUGUACAACAAAAUAACUUCGGGCAAAUGUUACUCCGACGCGGUGCUGACCGGAAAGGUCGUCAUAGUAACGGGCGGAAGUAACGGACUGGGCUUUGAAACAGCAUUAGAUCUUGCUCGACGAGGCGCUACGACCAUACUAGGAUGUCGUGACGAGAUCAGAGGGCAAAAGGCCGUCAGAAGAAUCAUCAAAAGAACAAACAACCCUAGAGUAAGCUUCAUACGCUUGGACCUGAGUUCUUUGGCGUCGGUCAGAGAAUUUGUUAAGGAAUUCAAAAGCUUAGGAAUCAAAUUGGACAUAUUAAUAAACAACGCAGGCGUCAUAGGCCCGUCGAUGGAGAUAACCGAAGACGGCAUCGUCAAAGACUUACAGAUCAACCAUUUCGGACCGUUUCUGCUGACCGUGCUGUUAGUACCGUUGCUGAAAAAGUCAGCACCGAGCCGCAUCAUCAUCGUAUCAUCGCAUUUACACAAAUACGGUCGUAUCAACGAAGUAAACACGCCACGGAACUAUUUGCAGAGUUUUUGCAACGGUAAAUUAUGUAACGUGUUGUUUAGCAACGAACUGGCCAGGAGGUUGGCGGAGACGGGAGUAGUUGUGAACAGCCUACAUCCCGGACAAGUUAAUACGUCAUUCUAUCGAGGCACUGUACUGGAAAAGCUUCGUACUUUGAUACUGUACACGUUCUUCAAGAGUCCUGCUGAUGGUUCGCAGACCAGCGUGUACUUGGCGACUUCUGACGAGUGCGACAUGAUAACUGGAAGUUAUUUCGCCGAUUGUAAGGAACAAGAGAUGGGCAAGAAAGCAAACAGCUACGAACUCGCUUUGAAAGUGUGGAGUCUGUCUGAGGAAUUGGUGAAAUUGCAGCCGGAGGAAAUGAUAUGAUUGGAGGAUAAUAUUUGAUUGAGAAUCGUGUAAUGUGAGUUAAAUUUAGGGAUGAGUGCAGCGUUAUAUUGUGUUUUUGUAAUUUAUUUAAAUAAAAAAAGUUUAAUUUAUUUUAUUUGUUAGUUGAUUUUUUUAUCCCGGAAAAGAAAGAAAAGGGAAGAAAUAAAUAAAAAAUAAUAAUUAUGGAACAAAAAAGUAUAACAUGUACAAUAAAAGGAGACAAAUAAUACAUAUAAUUGGAUAGUCGACAGACCUAUUAAAGAAGUUUUUCAGUGUUU